GCUCUGCUUUCUUCGCUAUCUCUGCUUGUUCUCUUUUUUCUAGACCGCACUGUAUCGUGUUACUGGCUAGAUCAGAGUGGGCUCUAUGGCCAAUGAUGGGGACGUCUCGGAGAAACGGCCAGAAGGCAAAUGCUGCGGCAUCAUACAAGAGGCGACCACGAAGAGUAUGGAGAGGAGAAGCAAGCGCAAGGAGAGUGCACAGCCGUGGAUAGUGCUGAAAAUAACGAUCGGCAUCACUCUGGGGAUCAUAAGCUAUGCGUCUUAUGUGUAUAUAGGUCGUUUCUGCGUGCCCAUGCUCAAGCGGAAUAGUGGCAUUUUGGGCGGACGGAGGUUUGGGAUCCCCUUUCUUGUCAUAUUCUGCAUCUUGUUAGUCAUGAUGCUGUGGGCAUACGCAGUGAUUGUCUUCACAAGCCCUGGGAAGGCAGGAGAUUAUGUCGAGCCGUCGCCUGAACCGCCACCGCGACCAGUCCCGCAGUGGUGGGAUUCGACUAGUGAUAUUGGGGCAGGCCAAUACGAGUACACGGGCAGCAAUACGGUUGGAGGUGCGCAGUCAAACGGUAACACGACUCUAGAGUCCCAUGCUGUUCCAUCCGACAAACCGAGUGAACAGCGAGACGACAACGCCGGCGAUGCCGAUGCUCUUCCUCCAGUCCAGGCAGCCCACGCUCGCAGCGAAAUGAAUGGAGAUGGUAACGGUGCACAACAGCCCUCCGGUGAUACCAGCGGAUUACCGAUGGGUCUCACGAGGCGUCCGCCCAUGACCCCGGUGCUUCAUCCAGAUCACAGAUACUGCUUCAAGGACGGUUUCAUAAAGCCUCCGAGAGCCCACCAUUGUCGUGCAUGUGGUACUUGUGUCUUGAAGUACGACCACCAUUGUCCAUGGAUAGGGCAGUGCGUGGGCGCGCGCAACCACAAGUUCUUCGUGAACUUCCUCCAGUGGGCAGCGAUAUUCUGUAUGUGGACCUUCGCGACGCUUGUUCCGGGUGCAGUACAGGAGGGGCGGGAUAGCGAUCUCGAUGCGCAAUACAUCGUCAUCAUUGCCUUAUCAGCGCUAUUCAUCUUCUUCACGGUCGCCUUGUUGGUCACGCACGUUCGGCUGAUUCUCUUGAACAUGAUCACGGUUGAGUCUCUAAGCAAGGAGCGAAUGACGGAACGUGAGAAGGCCGUGCUCGCUCGGCAGUUCUCUUGGUAUCAAUUCGGCGCCAAGCGGAAGUUGAAGAAGCAGUGGGACCGCGAGUGGGGAGAGCCCUACACCGAUGGGAAUCUCUGGUGGCUUGGUAGCUACAGAGAGAACUGGGAGUCUGUGAUGGGACACAGUAAAUGGGAAUGGUUUUUGCCUAUUGGACGUAGCGAUACAGACGGCCUCAAUUGGCUGCCCAACCCUCGAUUUGAUUCAGAAGGCAGGCCAAGGCCGCGUAGCCAAUGGCCUGCCGCACUGCGCUGAUACCCUGCGCCACCUAUCCCUAUCUUCAGGUGCGGUGUUUCGCAUAUGACCCAAUUGGCCUGUGCAAAUGGAUCAUAAUAGCUCUCACAUGACUGGACGAUAUCAUUUGACUCUCGUUAAUGUCCGCUAUGAAUCUAUCUGGACCUACGUAUGUACGAUACCGUACAACCUCCGCCAUAAUCUCUUGUAUUAUUUCUAUGUGUAGUGAUCGUUGUGAUGUGCUUGGGCUUUGACCU